AUGCGAUUCACUUUACUCGCUACGGCUACUCUCUCUAUCUUUCCUACCCUAUUUGCCGCGCCCAUGCCUGUGAAGACGAGCGCAGUGACGAUCCGUGAUACUCAAACCGAUAAUCUAGUAGCCGCCGUCUCCAAUGCCCAAACUCUUGGCUCAGCCGUUAGUGGUAUCGUAGCACGUAUCAAGGCAGAUCCAAUAAACUCAUUAAAAGUGUAUGAAGACGAUUCACGUACUGGAACAUAUGAUAUUCCCAAAGGAUUGUCCAACGCAUUCAACACUGCUUUAAAUGGAAUUGAGACUCUACCUUCUUUAACAAGCUCAAGUAAUCCAUCAGAAGAGGUAUUUGCGGAUUUCGGACCUUUGGUCAAAACUAUUACAGUUAGUUUAUUCUAUACUGCAAUAGAUUUAAAACUCCUCACUCAAGAUACGGCCGGUUUGUACGUUCCUGGAUAUAGUAAAUUCAUCGGUGAUUUAGACGUAAACUCAUUCGCAUAUGUAAAAGCUUUAGAUGCUAAAUACAUUGGAUUCACAGACGCACUUGCUACAGCCGUCGGCGCAGAUACACCUUUGGGUCAAGCAAUCAAAGCUCUUGGUGGACAAACGUUCUAUCUCAUCUUCGACCACGUUUCGCCUACUGGAUAA